UGUGACUCCGCUUCCUCCUGGGCCUUUCAGUCCCACCAACAGGGGGAAGCAGGAAGUAGAAAUGACACAUCCCCCCCCGAAGUGCCCUGGCACCAGUCACUCCUCUCACCUCCGCUCACAUUCCUUUGAGGACUGGGCAGAACAGCAGCACCUCAGCCGCCAAGGUUGGAAGUGAGAGGGCAGAGAAGCCCCGAGAACCGUCCAGGGAAGCCCGGAGGAUGCUCGCCACACACACAAGGACCCAGCAGGAGAACGGCACCUGCUCCGGCUCCCUGGACAUGGAGCUUUUCCUGCAUUACUCCCUCAUCCCGUCACUUGUCAUCAUCUUGGUCUUGUCCUUUUUCCAAAGACGCGCGCACCGCAGGCAGCAAGAUGAGGCGUCUUCCCUCCUGGAGAGCCGCUUCGGAAUCAUCAUACCCCUGGACUUCGUGGGCACGUUCAGCAACCGGUGGUCCUACGGAAUCGCCUUUGGGGCUACGGCCAACAAGAUCAUGUUCUUGUUCUCCGAAGGCUACCAGCCCCUGCACGCCCCGCAGUGGGCCCAAGCCUUUGUGCUUCUCAUCGGAGGGUUCGAGGUCGGCCUGUCCCACUUCCCCUUCUUCGCCUGCCUCUCGUCGGACCUGCAGCUGGUGAGCUCCGUCCUCGGCUUCAGCUACUCUCUCAUCUGGUUUGCUGUCACCAUCCUUCACAUCAUACAGUGUCCCCACGGGCAGUUCGUGGGACAGUAUGAGGCCGUCGUGUUCUACUGGCCCUCGCUGCUCUGCCUGGCUUUCCUGCUGGGCCGUUUCCUGCACAUGUUCGUCAAGUCUCUGAGGGUGCAUCUGGGCUGGGAUCUGCAGAGGGAAGAAAAACCUUUUCUGGAAGUUCACCAGGCAGAGCACGUCAAACAGCUCCUGAGGAAGCAGCCCCUACAAGUGGAAACGAAGUCUUGGUUCCAAACCAAGGUCUAUGAGUGGGACCCCAACUUUCAGUUCCCAAGCAGAAUGAUUGGAACCACUGUGUUGGCUUUCAUCUGCCUGUACCUUUUCAUUGUCAUCGAGUUCUGCGUAUUCAAGCAGGUGAGAAAUGAGCUGGAUGUGUUUGAAAGCAAGUUGGAGAGUUACAUCGUCUCCACGAACCAGACGGGCACCCUAACCCCAGUUAUCCUUCAUGUGAUGGAGCUGAUGGAUGUCUCUAAAGUUGCCUGGGUGGCGACCAUUCUGCCAGCCUCUCUCACAUGUGUGAGUUAUCUCUUCCACAUUUUGGUCUGUUACAGAAAGCACAUCAAGAGGCUGUGGGCAGGGGACCGACGCUUUCUCCCUGCUAAGUUCCAUAGUCCUUCCUCCUCGGCGAGUGUGGUGGCUAUUGCACGGUACUCCGGCUGGCAAAUUGCCUAUAUUCUGUGGGGGUACCUCAUUCUGCACGUGAUGCAGAGCCUGGGCGCCGUGGUGAUCGCUUACAGCCUGGUGUUGCCCGUCGUCCACAACCAAGGCCUGGAGAUGCUCCAAGGGCUGGGCCUGGGCAUCCUCACCAUAGCCAUCGUGAUAGGUCUCAUGGCCCUGCAGGUCUGCAUUGCCACCAGAUUCUUCCUGCAGCCGAAGAUGGGCAGAGAAGACAAGCAGAAACCCCUGGCGCUCAACAACAGGAAAGCGUUCCACAACUUCAACUACUUUCUCUUCUUCUACAACGUGCUGCUGGGCCUGGGUGCCUGCCUCUCCCGGUUGCUCAUCAGCUGCAUCCUGGGUUCAUGGCUGGUCGCCCGGAUCGACAGGACCAUCCUGCAGAAUGGCUAUGAGGGCGCAGACAUGGGGUUCAAUGCCUGGAUCGGCAUGCUCAACGUGGACCAUUACCACACCAACCCUGUGCUUGUCACCUUCUGUCACAUCCUGAUCACGAGCCACGGGGAGAGGAAGGCACAGCAGGCCCUCAGGUUCUGGUACCUGAGUCAGUCAACAGGUUUCCGCAUCUCAGCUCGGUGCAGGACGAGGUGGCUCUUGCUGCAGACCCUGAUCAACAACCCCAGACUGGUCAUGCUCAGAAAAUCAAAGCCAGGCCACGGCCCACGGGACUUUUCGCAGAUUCUGCUGACAUGCUCCGAGAGCUGA